AAAAUGGCAUCACUAAUUAAUCUGCAGAGCAGAAACAGUUUCGCAUUGAAAUGUGUGGGAAGAUGAAUUUAUAUUGUACUUAAAAUAUAACAUUUUUAAAGAUUUUUGAAGCAGUUCUGUUUUUCUAAAGGAAUUUUACGUUUAUAUUUUACUGUCGAUUUAUAAUAGUCGAACAAAAUGCUAGGUUCUAGAUCACAUACAAGUAGCGAGAUGCGUAACAGGAAAAAAGGGUCUCGAAUGACACUGUCUGAAGCUGGAAGACUACUUCGAAAACGAAUAUCGGUAUCAAGACAGUUGUUAGCUGCUGGACAAGUUUGGAAAAAUAGCCUCCCUAGUCAUGACUGUGAUGUUGUGAUAACUUUUCCUCCUACAGCAGAUGAGGAGACUCUUGUAUGGGUGUUAACACAACUGAGGGCGAAUGUACCGGAAUUGAUGGUAGAAGUUCGACAUCAUCGGCACACUAAUGUCUAUGGAUUUUACUUAACGACAUCUUUUGAAAACUUGCUGAAAGGAGCUGAAGAGGAACGACUUCGCAAACCGCUAAAACCGCAGUUUGGUGGUGGCAUGAAAGAAUUUGUUUACGAAGAGAGAGAAUGCUUCAACCAAUCUGAGAACAGGGAUGUCUUCUUAAGUAGCCAAGAGAGGCAAAGUAUCAUUUUGAAUCUUCUACAUGGGCUGAGAGCAUCAGACAAGGAUGAACUUGUACACAUUAAAUUCAUUGAAGGACAACCUAUUAUUCCAAAAUGCUUGGCUGAUGGUGUAAUUUCUCAAGUUUUGCCAUUACACAACUCAGAAGAUCUUAAUAAGCUGAAAAGAACUUGGAUGCAAGCAUUUUUAAAUUAUCAACCAUUAAAUGAUAUUUGUGACUAUUUUGGUGUGAAAAUUGCAAUGUAUUUUGCAUGGCUAGGACAUUAUACUAAAGCUCUUACUUUACCUGCUUUUUUUGGUCUUUUUCUAUGGCUACGUUAUUAUGGAAAGGAUCAGGCAACAGAAGAUAUUUGUUUUGUUGUGUUUGCACUUUUUAAUGUUUUAUGGGCUACUCUGUACCUGGAAUCAUGGAAAAGGAACUGUGCAGAGUUGGCUUAUCGUUGGGGUACAUUGGAUAUUCAUAAUGAACUUUUAGCUGAACCAAGACCCCUUUUUACUGGUCCUUUAGCAGUCAGUCCCAUUACUGGAAGAAUGGAGCCUACUUAUCCUGCAUGGAAACGUAAUCUGUUUCGCUACUGUGUUAGCUUACCUAUCAUAGCUUUUUGUCUUCUUUCUGUGUUUCUUGUCAUGUUUCUUAUAUUUGAGCUUCAGACUUGGUGGGAUCGAAUGAUUGAUGCUCGUGGCUUCCCAUUUUGGAUGACUCUUUUUCCGAAAGUCCUUUUGGCAUUAGUUAUAAAUGUUUUGGAUGGUGUUUAUCACAAAAUAGCUGUAUGGUUAAAUGAUAAAGAGAACUAUAGGGGAGAAGAGGAAUAUGAAAAUCAUCUUGUAGCCAAAGAGUUAUUGUUUCAGUUUGUGAACUCCUUUCUAUCUCUUUUCUACAUUGCCUUCUAUCUGCAAGACAUGGAAAAGUUAAAAGAGCAAUUAGCUGCUCUCUUGAUAACACGGCAAGUGGUUGGCAAUAUCAAGGAAUCCUUCAUACCUUUUAUUACUGAAACAUUUAAAUUGGCUCAUUUGAAUUCAAAUCAGGCUCUUCACUCCCCUGCUGGAUCUGAUCAGGAACAGAAAGAUGUUAGUUCUGAUCAGGAAAGUGACUAUUUGUCUUCAACAUCCUCAACUCCUGUUCAUGAUCAUCAGAAAAAAAGGAAAAACUACAACAGCCUCACUCAGGCUGAAGUAGAAAGUGCCAUGUAUAAAUAUGAGGGAACUUUUGAAGAUUACUUAGAAAUGUUUAUUCAGUUUGGUUAUGUUAUUCUUUUUUCAUCUGCCUUCCCAAUGGCUGCUAUGUGUGCUCUCUUGAACAAUGUUAUUGAGAUCAGGAGUGAUGCAUUUAAAUUGUGCAUGAUAUUUCAAAGGCCUUUUGGUCAGCGAGCAGAGAAUAUAGGAACUUGGCAGGAUGCCAUGGAAGUGAUGGGAGUUAUCGCUGUUAUAGUAAAUUGUGCAUUGAUUGGCAUGUCAGGACAAGUCCAAAGAAUGUUUCCCAAUCUUUCAACUCAAGGAACUAUAAUUCUAAUUGUAAUAUUAGAGCACAUUAUUUUGUCUAUUAAAUUUGGUAUUGCAUAUGCUAUUCCUGAUGUACCACAAUGGGUAGCUACAAAAAUGGCAAAAGUGGAGUUUCAAAGACGAGAAGCUGUUAAACAUUUUCACCGCAGUUCUCUAUCAAAAAAGAAAAGACGAAUGGAGUAUAACAACAGCAGUUUUGAUUCUCCUGUUCAAUGCCCAAAAUCUACCAAAAAAUUGACUAGCAAUUCAAAAAAGAGAGACCAAAAUUGCCAAACAGAUCCAUUCUCCUUUCCUAUGAAAGAAAACUCUCCCAUCAUUCGUAACAUUGAUGAUCAGAAAGCAGAAAUAAUUUUAGGUUCUUCACCUUCCAGUACUCCUCGCUUGGUCCCGAAACCAGAAGACUCAACUCAAAGCCACCUGACCGUUGACGCUAAAACACACUCUGGCAAUUCAGAAACUCUGCCAUCUACAGAGAGUACAGUAUUGAAAGACAUUGAUGAAAGCUGUUUUGAAAGUAUACCCAUCAUCCAGAAAGAUCUCGAUGCUAUGAGCAUCAAUUUUGAAACACCUUAUGCCAGGCAUCAACAUAAAAGAGUGCAGCGAAAGCUUAGUUUGCCCCAAAUCAAAAUUUUGAAAAAGAAUUCCUCACAAGAAUCUGACUCUCCACCUGAUGCGACCCCAUCAGGGUCAACGAGUAAAAAACAGGGUGGUAGUUCGAACUCGAGUGCCAGCUCGCGUUUCAUGUCUUCCCUAAAGAAGAGGAAGCAUGCACUAAAGAGAGCACUCUCAUUUCAGAAUUCCUCCACUAGCAGUGAAGACAAAUCCCAGCCUUUAGAGGUGAACAGCAGUGCAGUGCAAACGCCCACUAGCGAUCUCAGCCCACUGUGAAUGCCAUCAAAACAGUGCCAUAUUAAAUGCAUGCAGGGAUGCCAAUUACUGGGGUUACCAGCCUUGAUUCCGGCACCGUGUCAUAUAAUCAAAAUUUGCUAAGUUUAUGAGAGAGAAAAAAUAUUUAAUAAUUUUUUUUUGUAGGUAUAUUAAAUGGUUUGCAUGUUGUAAUACAAAACUGUUGACCUAUAUUUAAUUCAUAACUUAAGUUAUUGAUUUUGUCUUCCCAACAAGUUUGGUGUUUUUAAAUAAAUAUGAAGCUGUUUUAAUUUUCAACAAAUUAAAACAAAGUUAUAUCAUUAAUUUUAAGGUCCAAAUUUUAGUUUUGGGCAACCUACACCCCUUAUAAUAAGCUUUGAUUUAUUUUUAAUUAGAAAAUUGCAUUUUAGUCGUAAUUAAACUGGAGCUGUUUGGAUCUCCAAUACAAGUUUAUAAAAUUAUUAACCCAAAUACAAUUCAGUCAUCUUGGGAGCAAAAUUAUAUCUAGUGACCUGUAAAAGGACUUUGAAUUUUGAUAAAUGUUCUAUGGUCCAUUGUCAAAAAUUAACAACUCUCACUAAUUAGGUUUUUAAGAUUUUCUUAAAUUUUAUUUUGCAAACAAAAUUUUAAACCUUUAUCAUGUAAAUAUUAAAUUUUAAUUAAUAUGCCUACAUAAUUAACAGCACAUGAAAUAUUUUGUUUGCGAUUGAAGCAUAAAUUAUUCAGGAUGAAAGUGGGCAUAAAUAGUUCUUAUCCAAACAGAAAUUAUUCUGCCAAGACUUGGUUGUUAAAUGAUGUAAGUUCCAAAUUUGUGCACUGUUUGCUUUAUGAUUUAGUUUGGAAUUUGUUUUGAACUACAAUGGUAUUAUUUUUAUUUGCUAUUUACCUUACUUUCAUGGUUGUAUUGGGUGUUCUGAAAAAAAUACAACAAAAAAUACAAAAUGUUUUUUUAACAAUUUUAUUGUCUGAGACACGGCUAAAAAUAAAUAAGGCCUAUAUCAGCCUUGAAGUUCACAUAGCAGUUGGGAUUUAGGUUUUUUCAAGAUGGAAUAAAAUCAGAGCACUCAAUAGCUCCCCGAACUUUUUGUGACUUAUCUUAACUUUUAUUGUCCAAAAAUUGGCAUCCCUUGUUGAUUGUCAUGUAAAUGAGGUCUACAAAACUACUGUCCCUUUUGUUUUAGGGGCCUUACCCACUAAGUUAAAAUGGUUGUUGUGAUAUCUUGCAGUCAAUAUAUGUCAUUUAUACUAUACUAUGCAAUAACAUUACUGUAAAACUACUUAAUCCUCUCUUUAGUCAUAGACAUUUUGAUUAUAAGGUUCUAGAGUUUUUCGUAUAUUUAAACUCAACUGUGAAACUCAAUAUUGGUGAAGCAUUUAGCAAAUUUCAUAAAAAUUUUUUGGUUAAACUUUAAAACUAUUACUGAAGUUUUUUUUAUGGGUUCUUAAAGUG